UCUCUCUUUCUCUUUCCCUCUUCUCUCCUUCAAAUCCGUUCUUCCUUAAAAAAAAAUCAAUUUCGCUCUCUGUUUACAAACUUGGUUUGAUUUUUCAAUUGCCUCUCUCUUUCUCUCUCUCUCUCUGUCUCUGUGAUUAUCUUUCAUCAGAAUGAACGGGAAGGCCUCUGUUUCCAAGGAGCUUAACGCCAAACAUUCCAAGAUAUUGGAAGCACUUUUGAAGCACCAGGACAAUCGAGAAUGUGCAGAUUGUAGAUCAAAGGCACCAAGAUGGGCAAGUGUGAACCUUGGGAUAUUCAUUUGUAUGCAAUGCUCUGGAAUCCAUCGUAGCCUUGGCGUCCAUAUCUCACAGGUAAGGUCUAUAACUUUGGAUACAUGGCUUCCAGAUCAGGUUGCUUUCAUGCAAUCUACCGGUAAUGCUAAGGCAAAUCAGUAUUGGGAAUCAGAAAUGCCUCCUCAUUUCGAGAGAAGUUCAAGCGACAUGUUUAUAAGAGCCAAAUAUAAUGAGAAGAAAUGGGUUUCACCUAAAGGAGUUCAACCGGCUCCUAUAGUUAGUAAUCUAAGCUGCAAAGUUAGUCACUUGGUAGAGAGCGGAUUUAAGCCUGAAACUCCAAAGAAAAGAACUCUUUCACUUGACGAAGAGAUCCUUCGUAAUCAUGUUCUUCACGCAACACCUCCAGAAACAAGAAUUCGCGCGGGUUCGGUAGAUAUGAAGGAGAAUGUAUAUGCUCUACCUCUACCAGUGGGGCUGGAAGUUAAGAAACCAAAUCAAAAGAAUGAGAUUUUCUCCAACGAAUUGAAUCAGAAUAGAAGAACCACCAUAGCUCCACCAUCAAGCUGGGCUACUUUCGACUGAAGAGAAUGAGAUGAAGUUUUUGGAAACUAAUCAUCAUGUGGGCUUUUUAAUUAUAGUCAACAGGUUGGCAAAGAUGGGGAUGACAAUAGAAGUUGGUUCUGUUUUCUAUUUUUAUUCAUUUAUAAUCCAAAAUUGGUUGCUUGUAACUUAAGCAUUUUUCUAAAUACAAUGGAAGAGGGAACAUCUUGAGUAUAUAUUUGACAAAAAGAAAGCAAUAACCAACUCACAAAUGUGUAUUAUUAUUUUGAAC